UCUGCAGAGAGUAAAUGUCACAUAACUAAACCACAGCUGCUGAGUGUCUGACUCCUCCAAGACACGUUGACUCAGAGACAGAGGAGCUAGGGUGUCAGUGAGCCCUAACAUGGCAGCACAACCCUAUGACUCUUUGAGGAGUGCAGCUUGGGAGUAAGUGGAGUGACCGUGUUCCCCUUGUGAGACAGUCACCCUGGAGAACUGGAUGUAGCCCCCACUGUAGGACAGUGACCCUGAAGACAGGGGACUGUGUUCCCUUCCAUGCAGGAUGGCAACUAAGGCAUUUGGUAACAAUCACUGACUCUGCUGGGUAAGGUGAAUACCAUGGCCUCGCCCUGCCCAAUGGCCUUUAACACCACCAAAUACUUCCUCAUCCCUGUCUACUCUGUGGUAGUUGGGGCUGGCUUGCCACUGAACUGCCUGGCACUUUGGACCCUGGUGUCCCAGAUAAACAAGUCUAUCGUCCUCUCUGUCUAUAUGCUGAACCUGGUGGUAGCUGACCUGCUGCAGACCCUGACGCUGCCCUUCUGGAUCUACUAUAGCUACUGGGAUCACAACUGGGAUUUGGGGGCUGGGGCCUGCGUGGCAGUCAGCCUGGGCUUUAUCACCAACUUCUAUGCCAAGAAUGGCUUCCUGUGCCUCAUUGCCAUGGAGCGCUACAUAGGUGUGGUCCAUCCCCUGUGGUUCCGUGGGCUACAGACAAUACACGGUGCCACCAAGGUCAGCGCCACAGCGUGGGUGUUGGUGCUCGGCAUCUGCUCCGUGGGGACUGGGCUACUGCGGAAGGAGCCAGAAGCAGGGCGCUGCUAUGAGGGUUACCCACUGGGCACGUACUAUGCAAGUUUUAAGAUGGCCACCAUGGCUUUGUCCUUCUUCCUACCCUGCUUCUUCAUGGGCUUCUUCUACCUCCGGGUGCUGCACAAGCUCAGGCAGCUGCCAUCGCUGGAGCGGGAGACAAAGAGGCAAAUCUACAGCUUCAUCUCCCUCAUCAUCAUCUCCUUCUUCCUGCUUUGUGUUCCUUACCAGGUGACCUCCUUCUACAAAUACCAGAGGGAGAUGGUUCAGAAUAAUGAAGGUCUCUGCCUCUUUGAGACAAACCUCUUCAUUUACAGUCAGGCAGCACUGUGCCUCACCACUCUGGGCAAUGUCCUGGAUCCUCUGCUGUACAUCCUGCUCCUCAAAGAUGUGCGGACAGAACUCGGAAAUCACUUAAAAUGCAAGGUCUUGGGUCAAGGUCACAAGUAGAUUAGACAGGAAUGGAGACACUGGGUGGACACUGGCCCAGACCACUGUGUAAGAUACCCAGUGAGGUGGUGGAAACCCAUUUGGACUUCAAGGUCCCUCCAUUUGAUUCCGGUCUGAAUGCCAGGGCUUGGCCUUGCUCUCUGCUUCCCUUUGUGAAGCAGCUCUACCCCCUGCAGCCAAAUAUGGAAAUAUGGUCCCUCAGGGACUUCCAGUCACUCAGAACUUCUUGGAGAAGCAAUUCAAUACCAAAGAGACAGGCCGAGUCAAGCCACAAAAAAUCAUUAGAUUGGCAUAUGAAUAAUAAAUUUUAGGUCUUUUUGCCUUUAUGGUUUGAGCUCCAGCUUUUCACUGCAAGUGGGGGGUGAUCAUGCUCUUUUAAAUGAACAGCAUCAUAUAAUUUCAAGAGCUGGGGCUUUAACAUUUAUGUAUGCAUUCGAUGAAGUGAGCUGUAGUUCACAAAAGCUUAUGCUCAAAUAAAUUUGUUAGUCUCUAAGGUGCCACAAGUACUCCUUUUCUUUUUAUUUAAUAUUUUGAGACUCACGAUAAAACUGUGAGAGGUGGCAACACUGAACAGACGAAGUAUAAAAAACGUAGACCACUAGACUAGACUAGGAUCUAGGAGUGGAUAUGGAUGGAUAGGAGCAACCUGCAGCAGAGAAGAUAUUCAUCCAAACUUAUAAGUGAGUGAGUGUGAGAGAGAAGAGAGAGAGACCCAAAUCCCCACCAGUGAAAAAAGACCCACCCCCAACAAAAGCAGAAAUGCAACGAAAUGGUGCCCAUUGGGGAGAAAGAGAGAGCCCCAGAGCACAAAGAGAAAGGCACCCACGUCCAUGCCACAUCCCCAGCUCAGGUAUGAGCAGCCACAGAGAUGGGUGAUGUGAGAAACAGUCUAUCCUCUGGCAGUGCCUCCCCUUUGCCCAUCUCUCUCUCAUCCUGAGUGCUGCACAGUGGCACCACCGGUCCCACACACACAUUGUCUUGCCAAAUUCUUAUUUUUAAACCAACCACCACCACCACCCCCAGGACAAAUCAGGGCUUGAAGUUCUGGGAAAGAAUCUUCCUGCUGGGGUGGCGGGAGCCUGAAGCAGCCAGGCUGAAAUCCUCCAAGCCAGACCAUUCAUCCCUCCUACCGGGGGGAGGGUAAAAUGUGUCCCACAAAGGGGGAUGGCAGACAGACCGAACAUGGAUCCUGGUCUGCUGCUGUCUCCUGUCAGAGAGCCCUCUGUCAGGGAAAUACAAUUAAAUGUACCAGUCUG